AAGCAAAAGGAAAUCUGAUCCAAGCAUUACUGGAUCAGUCAUCUACAAAGCCACACGAGGUUCAAUCACAUCCUGUACGCCAGGAGAUGUCACUUCUCUUGAACAAUCUGGAUGAAUGCGAAAGGUCUCUUGAGAACCAAAUCCAUAAGUCUCAGUACAUCAGAAGCUUUUUCAGACAUAUGGACACUUUAGCCAAAGUUAUCAUUCAAAGCAUAAAUACAGAACUUGGUAAGUAUGGGAAAUAUAUUGAACCUAAACCCUAA